CCUCUCUUCCCACCUCGCACUCUCACUCUUCCGAGCGCGUGUGCAGGAGGCAGCAGCCAGAGGAGCGAGCUGGGAGGCGACCCCAGCCUCCUCUUCAGCAAACCGUGCCUCCUGUCCACCAUGGAAACUAAAGAGCCGAGGUGCAGAGGGGAUGGAGGGUAGAGCUGCCGGGCAGGUCAGCGAGGGUCAUGUGGGUGUCGGAGGCCCCGGUUGCCGUGCAGAGCAGCUGAAGCGGACAUGGAAAAUAAGUCCCCGGCGGCAUCGGUAGGCUUGGCCCUGUCAACUUCACCAGCCACCUCCUCCUUUGCCACUACCUUCUCAACUGGCUACGCACCAAGUGCACCGUCUUCGCCAACAUCUUCCUCAAUAAUUUGCAAUGAGAAUGUCUGAUAAAGCUGACACUGAAACAAUGAAGGUUUCCGAGGCUGACGACACCGCGUCAAAUCGAAAGGACAACGCCAUUCAGUCCGAGGUGUCUGACAAGGCUGACAAAGACGAUCCUGGCAGCAUCAAUACAAAGGAACCCAAGGCAGUGAAGACAUGUAAGUCUAACACCAGGCUAAGGCUCGUUCGCAGCCUGGCAAUAUGUGAGGAGUCCUUCCCUCGUCCAAUUCUUGAGCCGUCAGCUGCACCUCAGGAUGAAUUCCUUCUUGGAGUGUUGGAAAAGGAAGAUGGAGCCGCACAGGAACAGGCUGAGAAAGAAGUGUGCUGCGACAAGGCAAACAAAGCUGACAAAAACCAGAGAAAAAUGUUGUCCAGAGAUUCCAGUCAGGACUACACCGACUCCACCGGCAUAGAUCUCCAUGAGUUUUUAGUCAACACAUUAAAGAGCAACCCCAGGGACCGAAUUAUGCUGCUCAAGCUUGAACAAGACAUCUUGGACUUCAUCGGCAACAACGAAAGCCAAAAAAGAAUAUUCCCGCCUAUGACGUCCUAUCACAGGAUGCUGCUGCACCGCGUGGCCGCCUACUUCGGGAUGGACCACAACGUGGAUCUGACCGGAAAGUCUGUUGUCAUCAACAAAACCACCAGCACAAGAAUACCCGAUCAGAAAUUCUCCGAGCACAUCAAGGAUGACAGGGCGGACGAUUUCCAGAAACGCUACAUUCUCAAACGAGACAACUCCAGCUUUGAUCGCGACGACAGCACGAUUCGGAUGCGUUUGAAAGCAGACAAGAAAAGCAAAUCGAUGGAGGAGAGGGAGGAGGAGUACCAACGAGCCAGAGAAAGGAUAUUUGCACAUGAUGGUGAUGAUCACUUCAUCCUGGAUAGAGGCUCUCAGGAUGAAGACGCAUGCAUGCGCACCCAGCACAGGCGGCAAAUGUUCAGGUCACGGGCCGGCCGCUCGGCUGCCAGCUGGCAAAGCAGCUCCGAGACGGACACGCUGCCGCGACAGAGCGAGCCUCGACCGUGGAGCAGCACUGACAGCUCGGACAGCUCUAACCGCCUGGCCCCGCGACCUGCCAUCACCAAGGCCAGCAGCUUCAGUGGCAUAUCCCGCAUUCUGGCGCGAGGGGACAGCAGCGCCAGCAGCAAGAGCACCGGGAGGCUUUCCAAAACAGGAUCAGAAUCUUGCAGUAGCGUCGGUUCUUCGUGCAGUUCGCUGUCCCGUCCCCACCGGCCUUUCACGGUGCCAGCCUCUUUGCGGCCCAAAAUGCCCUUAGUCCACCCGACUGCGGAUACUAAAGGCUCGGCACACAACCCUAACAUGAUCAGGAGCGCCCCGCCCUCUGCUGACGCCACAAAUUAUUAUGUGUUGUCUUUGGAGGCCUCAGGGAUACCACCUGGCAGCGUUCUGGUCAAUCCACACACAGGCAAGCCUUUCAUUCAUCCAAGCGGCAGUGGCAUCGCUUAUAAUAUGGCCAGUGUGGCACCCCCUGCUGGUAGGGGCCCACAUCAAGGGAAGGCGGCGGUGGCGGCACAUCAGCUAACCUCGGUUGCAAGCCAGCAGCAGCCAACUAAUCACCUUCACUCUCAGCCGUCCUCUGAACCUGUCCAUAACCCGACGGUCUCCUACCAUCUUCCUCCUCCUCAGUUCCUGCCCGUCUGUCCAAACCAACAGUACACUGUGCCCGACUCCCUCAACGCCCAAUUUAGUCACAUGACCCUGGCGCAGCAGUCGUCCAGCAGUAGUGGCGCGCCAGCCGUUGAUGCCCGUCACUAUGCAGCUGUGUACCACCACCCCCACGCCCCGCUGGUGCUGCAGGGAGCGCCCUCACAGCAGGUUGCCAACUACAUGGUCGCAGGGCCCUCGGGGGGCCACCCGGGGAUGCUCCAAGGCCAGCAUGUGCCGCUUCCUGGUCUUAGCCACGCAUAUGCCAGCAGCAUGUCCGGUCAUGCUGCUUUCCCCGCAUCCAGUCUGAACCAGCAACACACCAGUGUGCUCCAGCAGCACACCUACAUCCACCAACCUGUUCAGCAGAUGCCCACGUGCUACUGCUCUUCCACCCACCACCCUCAGUGUUCCAACCAGCAGCAGAACUACCGUCCGCCUGUAAACCAUCUGGCCUACAACGGCCCUCACAGCCAAAACCUGCCACCACAGCAAGUGCACCAGCCUGUGAUGUCGAGCCCUGUGUCCAGUUACCAGACCGUAGUGGGUGUGCAGCCAACACCCAACUUCACCAUCACUGCUGCCCAGCAAAGCAAUAUUGGCAGUCAGAUGCAAGGGAUGAUGGUGCAGUACUCCCCAGUGCAGUCGUAUCAGCAGAUGUCGGUGCCACAUCAGACGCACCAGCAGCCAAUGUUGGUGUCGUGCCAGCCAGGACAGGGCGCUGUGGCGGUCGCUGGCAUGCAGCCCUGCUACGGCCUCCUCCCUCCUCCAAACCAGCACACCACAAUGAGUUCCACUGUGAGUUUCCUCCCCUCUCCAAUGAUGGAGCAGCUCCAGUUCCCUCAGAACUCAUCCUCCAGCGUUGCCCAGCAGAACCAAGGCCAGCAGUACACAGCAGGGUUGUUGCCCCCACCCCCCGGCAGCGGCAUGGUGAUGUUGCAAAUGGCAGCGGCCCCCUGCCAGCAGCCCCGGGCCCCCUCCCCCUGCCUGCAGAAGCAGCCCAGCUACAAACACCUGGGCCUGGAGCACCAGCGCAGCCACCGAGCGACGGAACGCCCGCCGCCUCCUGACAACACGCAGACGAGCCACCUGGACCUUCAGCCUAGCCGCCUCCACCGAACCACUAGUCUGGGGACUGACUGUUGAAAAUCCUUGUAACUUGGGGAGGGUACGGGGUACUCUACCUACGACCUCGUCAUCUGAAACAGGAGGACUACAGACAGAACCACCCACUGCUGCAUCAGAGUUGGAAGCAACUGAGGACAGAGAAAACACACCAAGCGUGACUAGCUGGUCCCACACCUUAGACUUUAUGUCCUUUUUCAGAGAGACAUUACUAAUGUCUAUGUCAUAGUGUGCCGCAAUCAAAAUUAAAACUGCCUUACUGCAGCUAUCAAAAAAAAAUUCUGACGGUUUACAAUUAAACUCAUCUAUAUCAAAUACUCGUGCCAUUGUGGUCUACCGCACACACAACUACGCCAAGCAAACUAUAGAUAAUUCACAUUCAAGGAAAUAGAAGAUUCCCGGACAAGCCCCCAAUUUAUGUUAUGUUCCAGAUGGCUCGAAGUCUAGGGAUCAUAGGGGAACGCAACAUAAAAGUGUAUAAAUCAAAUGAGUUGUAAAUUAAAGACACUGAAGACAAGAAUUGGAAACAAAAACUAGUGUAUUGAAAAGUGACCAGGUGGUGGGGCGGGUACAACAAGGACACAACGCUAGCCUAGCUUGGGACUACUGGUGCUGUCAAAGAAAUGAACAAAACAUACCAAAAUACACCUCUAGAAAGGAAAGGUAAGCUGACUAACUAAAGCUAUUUAAUUAGCAUGAACCAAAAACCUACCUAACUACUCCAACCAAAGAGGGGGUCCAAAACAUACAAGGGUGACAGCCACCACUAAGCCUGGUGUCUCUAUACACAAACAUUUAUCCUACGUGUGUAGUGUAUAGAGGCCUCUGUCUAACCUUUCCCAAGACUAGGCCGCAGAUACUUACAAAGGUUGGAAGGUCAAACAAAAAGGAAGACAACAAAACAGGUGGCACACGUUUAGCAAAAAGCUUAAAAAAAUGAUCACAAAACAAAGUAGCGCCAAAGACAAAGUAGCGUCUCUCAAAACUCCACACAGCAUGUCAGAAAAAGAAUCCCCCAAUCCAGUGGUGAACAGGUGGUUUUAAGCAGGUCAGGAGGAUGAAUGGUGGACCGGGAUUGGCUGGCUGAUCAACAGGUGAAAUGAGGAGCAGCUGGGAACAGGAAGCGGUUGAUUGGCAGCAGAGGUCAUGAUUGAGUGUGACCUGUUCAAACAAAAGAAGAGAAAAAAACACAAAAACAAACCACCACUACGUGGAACGUAACAGGGACAUAGGAGAAAAAGAAAAGAAACGGCAGAUCAACUGCUCUAAAAAGGGAGUCCAUUUAAAGGCUAGAGUAUACAAAUGAGUUUUAAGGUGAGACUUAAAUGCUUCUACUGAGGUGGCAUCUCGAAAGUUAAGUUAAAGUUGUUUGUGAGGUUAUCAAUAGAGCCGUAUCAGACAUAGUUGGUCACGGCAUGACUGCAAGCUAAUCGAUGCUAACAUGCCAUUUAGGCUAGCUGUAUGUACAUAUUGCAUCAUUAUGCCUCAUUUGUAGCUAUAUUUGCAUCCAGCCUUUCCCUCCACCCACGUUUAAUGCCAAACAAACACAUACCAAUCGUUGGUCAGAAAGCGAUCGCCGAAUUUGUCCGCGCUUCCUCCCGUGCCGCGGCUCAAUAGCUUCAGUUUCUCCUUCAAUUUCGAUUUCGCCAUCUGCCUCCACACUCCAACCAUCCGUUUCAAUAGAUGCGUAAUCUGUUGAAUCGCGUGCGCUGCUGAAAUCCGAGUCUGAAUCCGAGCUACUAUGCUAUACCUUCCUGUGCUAUCCGCCAUGUUUGUCUCUGGUAGCUUCACGCAGUGACGUCACAGGACAAUAGACGGGUGAAUAUAACGACUGUUAAAAUCAGGCACUUUGAAGCCGUUUUUCGGGUAAAAUUUUGAGGAAAACUUCGAAAAAUAAAAUAAGCCACUGGGAACUGAUUUUUAUUGGUUUUAACCCUUCAGAAAUUGUGAUAAUGUUCCCCUUUAAACAUGAGCACACCUAGAUUAAUCGUGCAAUAUAUUUUUACCACAUCCGCUAUUUCACUCCAAAAUUCAUCCUAAAAGAACUUUAUAUAAAACUGUUACCAAGUUUUGUGCAAAAAAAAAAAAUGAUAUGCAUUCGUUCCUAGAUAACAUUUUGACAGUAAAAUAGCAUUUGUGUAGACCAGUGGUUCUCAACCUUUUUUCAGUGAUGUACCCCCUGUGAACAUUUUUUUAAUUCAAGUACCCCAGGGGUGUCCAAAGUGAGGCCCAUGAGCCAUUUGCGGCUCGCAGCUAAUCGUUUGCAAAAAUUUCAAAAUUGAUAGUAUUGCAAAAAUAAAAAUUUAAAAAAACUGGAAUGAGGUGAAAUCUAAUGAGAAAAAGUGGCAAUGUUGACACAAAGCUGCCAUGCAGGCAGUUUUUUUUUUCCUUUUGUGUUUAUUUUCUUUUUUUUCCCCAUUGCUCAAAAAAAAAAAAGGACAAAAAAAAUCUGUUAUAAUGAAUUAUUACUUAAAAAUGAUCACUUUAAAAUGUUUUAUGUGGAAAAAAUAUUGCAUAUGUUGUGUGGUUGCCAUAUAAAAACAUCAAAGUUUUGACAAAAGAGCUUAAAACAAACACAAUAAUAGUUCAAACUUAAAAUCGACUGAUAUAUCGGAAGUUGAUCUUGAAAUUUAAGUGUAAAAGUUUUAAAAAAAAACUAAUAAAAAUGCAUCACUUUAUGAGUGGGGAACCUUUUGGAUCUCAAAUAUAUUUAGUAGGAUUUUAUUUAACUUUUCACUGUUAUUACUCAAAAAUAAUUAAAUGAUUAAAAUCAAUAGUGUCCUGCAUUAUUGAUCUUUGAGGGCUUUAAUUGCUAAAUAAAGGAACUCUCCUGAAGGAAUCAAUAAAGUACUAUCUAUCUAAAUUCUUCUUCCUCCAAACACGACGAGUUGAGUUUAUACCAAAAAGUUCUUUUUUGGUUUCAUCUGACCACACGACAUUCUCCCAAUCCUCUGCUGUAUCAUCCAUGUAUCCAUUUUGGUAUAAACUCAACUCGUCGUGUUUGGAGGAAGAAGAAUACUGAGUUGCAUCCCAAGAACACCAUACCUACUGUGAAGCAUGGGGGUGGAAACAUCAUGCUUUGGGGCUGUUUU